GCGGGCGGCCAUGUCGGAGAGCGAGGGCGGCGCGGCAGAUGCAGUUUCUACAUCUGCUUACUCAUCACCAGCCAAAAGUUUGGGAGACCCUGGAAUCACUCCGCUGUCUCCGUCGCAUAUCGUGAAGGACUCUGAUGCAGAAGAUGCUGUAGAACAGUUAUUUCUUGUUGUUGUGGCUAUUGAUUUUGGCACAACAUCCAGUGGCUACGCCUACAGCUUCACCAAGGAGCCGGAAUGUAUUCAUGUAAUGAGACGAUGGGAAGGUGGAGAUCCAGGUGUAUCCAACCAGAAGACACCAACUACUAUCCUCUUAACACCAGAAAGAAAGUUUCAUAGCUUUGGGUACGCAGCGAGAGAUUUCUACCAUGACUUGGAUCCCAGUGAAUCGAAGCACUGGUUGUAUUUUGAGAAGUUUAAGAUGAAGCUACAUACCACUAGUAAUCUUACCAUGGAGACGGACCUGACAGCUGCAAAUGGCAAAAAAGUCAAAGCGCUUGAGAUAUUUGCUUACGCCCUGCAAUUUUUUAAGGAACAGGCAUUAAAGGAGCUCAGUGACCAAGCAGGUUCAGACUUUGAAAAUACUGAAGUAAGAUGGGUUAUUACAGUGCCUGCUAUUUGGAAGCAGCCUGCGAAGCAGUUUAUGAGACAAGCUGCCUACAAGGCAGGAAUGGCAAGCCCCGAAAACCCCGAGCAGCUGAUCAUCGCCCUGGAACCCGAGGCAGCUUCUAUCUACUGCCGGAAGCUCCGCCUUCACCAGAUGAUAGAGCUGAGCAGCAGAGCACCUGUCAAUGGCUAUAGCCCCAGUGACACCAUCGGAACUGGAUUUACACAAGCUAAGGAACACGUCCGUCGCAAUCGACAGAGUCGCACCUUUUUGGUGGAAAAUGUUAUAGGAGAAAUCUGGUCCGAACUGGAAGAAGGUGACCGUUACAUCGUUGUUGACAGUGGAGGAGGCACAGUGGAUAUGACUGUCCAUCAGAUCAGGCUCCCUGAAGGACAUCUUAAGGAACUGUACAAAGCAACAGGUGGGCCAUAUGGUUCCCUAGGUGUGGACUAUGAAUUUGAAAAGCUCCUGUGUAAAAUAUUUGGAGAAGAUUUUAUUGAGCAAUUUAAAAUCAAGCGUCCUGCUGCCUGGGUAGAUCUGAUGAUAGCAUUUGAGUCCCGUAAACGGGCAGCAGCUCCAGACAGGACCAAUCCACUAAACAUCACUCUGCCUUUCUCCUUCAUCGAUUACUAUAAGAAGUUUCGAGGUCACAGUGUAGAACAUGCCUUGAGGAAAAGCAACGUGGACUUUGUGAAGUGGUCUUCCCAAGGAAUGUUGAGGAUGAGCCCAGAUGCAAUGAAUGCACUCUUCAAACCUACAAUUGACCAGAUUGUUCAACACCUGAGUGAUGUGUUCGAUAAGCCAGAAGUGACCAAUGUCAAGUUUCUGUUCCUGGUGGGUGGCUUCGCUGAAUCCCCUCUACUCCAGCAAGCUGUCCAGAGCGCUUUUGGUUCGAGAUGUCGAGUCAUCAUUCCUCAGGAUGUGGGGCUCACUAUCCUCAAAGGAGCUGUUCUCUUUGGUCUAGACCCUGCUGUCAUCAAAGUACGGCGUUCGCCUCUCACCUAUGGUGUGGGUGUGCUGAAUCGGUUUGUGGAAGGGAAGCAUCCACCGGAGAAGCUGCUAAUCAAAGAUGGCACGCGUUGGUGCACUGAUGUCUUUGACAAAUUUAUCUCUGCCGACCAAUCUGUCGCCCUUGGAGAAACUGUGACACGCAGUUACACACCUGCCAAACCUUCUCAGUUAGUAAUAGUGAUCAAUAUCUAUAGCUCAGAACAAGAUAAUGUCAGCUUCAUCACUGAAUCUGGAGUGAAAAAGUGUGGCACCCUUCGCCUGGAUCUCACAGGAACUGAUGCUUCCGUGCCAAACAGACGGGAGAUCAAAACACUUAUGCAGUUUGGGGACACUGAGAUCAAAGCCAUGGCCAUUGAUGUUGCCACCUCUAAAAGUGUCAAAGUUGGUAUUGAUUUCUUAAACUACUAACAGAUCAUUUGCCCCACCGUGGCCUGUUUGUGAGACUCAUCGUCCAGUAUUUCAUUUUUUGACUUUCAUGUGUCACGUAAUCAUCUUGAAUUUCAGCAGGCUAUAUGAGAACAGCUAAUAAGGUGGGGUAUGUCAUGCUUGUGCCCUUGAAGGACCAAAAGCUGGAUUUUAAAAGACCCUUAAAAAGCUUGAGGAGGAAAAGUUCCAGAAGUAGUAAAAGUUAUUUAGUUGUUCAAGCAUGUGUAAAGAUCUGCCUUUACUAAGUAUUAUUAUUGCAUCCUGAAGAUUGGUUAAGAAAUAUAAAAUCAUAAUCUCUUUGCCUUGCUCUUGUUCUUCUUCCUCUUCCUCCCAAGAAACAUUUGCUAGUCCAGGUGGUUGGUGUAGGGGGGUGUCUGUAUGGCUUGUCUUUCUGAAACAGCACCAUCCUCUGAGCAUGGAAACAAGUUACAGCUUUCUUUUGGUUUUUGGCCUGCACUUUCAAAAAUGUAAGUGCUGAAAAUCAGGAACGAGAAGAAGUAGGAAGUGAGUGGCUUCACUUCUGAGAUCACACUGAAAAGAAAAUCCUUAGAAAUCCUUAAAAGUAGAUUUAGGAAACAUACAUAUUUUAGUAGCCUAAUGUCGGUUGCCCAAGCUUGAGAAGAAGGCCUUUCUUGUCAAGCUCUUUGAACUAGCUAUUGGAUUAAGUAGCUAACAUUGCCCUCGUACUUCAGAAAUUUAAUAAGAGCAAAGUUAUUUCCCUUUUUAGGUCUUAGAAACUUAUAUUUAUUAGUUUCCUUCCAGAAUCACUGAACAGAUGAAGUUGGAAGGGAUCUCUGAAAAUUAACUGGUCCAACCCCUAAGCCCUAAUAAGCUCUAAGCUAGAACAGGAUGCUCUGUCCUUUCAGACUGUGAAUAUCUUCAAAGCUGGAGAUGCCUAAACUUGUUGGGGCAAUCUAUUCCAGCCUUUGACAAUGCUCACUGUAAAAAGCAAAAAACAAAAAACAAAAACAAACAAAC